AUCUCAAUUCGACUAUUGGGCAGCCUCGGUGCGUUUAGGGCCAGUUUGUACAGUAGAGGCACACGCCGUCUGUUGCCUGCUGCAGCUCCUGGUCCACUGAUCGACUGCUCCCUGCCCCACAGCCUGAAUCUGAUCGUCAUACAGAGGUUUCCCCCCCUGCUGCAUGCGUAACAUCUCUCCAAGUCCAGCCGUGGUGCUCACCAAGACCUCGCCGCUUGGAUCUCAUCUUCCUACACGGAAUACGCACGACUCACACUGAGAGAGCCGCCGAGGCGAAAUUAAAACGGCAGGAUUCACCUCCUCGGGUUCAGUCCAGACCGAAACGAGGCUGGGAUUUCCUCUUAUCAUUUGAUAUUUGACUGAUCCUCUUUUUUUUCUGUGUGUGUGUGUUGGGUGGAGUCAACCCGGAAUUCUCCAAAUUGGAAAACCAUUGGCACAUUGCAGGAGCACCAUGAAGGACGGUAUCGCCAACAACAGCACGGCCAGCAUCUCCCAAGCCAGGAAAGCUGUGGAGCAGCUGAAGAUGGAGGCCUGUAUGGAUAGGAUAAAGGUAUCCAAAGCAGCUGCAGACUUGAUGGCGUACUGCGACGCUCACAUACGCGAGGACCCUCUCAUCGUGCCUGUCCCCGCCUCCGAGAACCCUUUCCGGGAGAAGAAGUUCUUCUGCACCAUCCUCUGAUGACCUGCCGGUAGAGCUGUACAGGUGCAGGCAUGGCGUUGCCUGGCUUCUUCUGUCUUCACCACACCUGAAGCUACUGGCUGUAGGCGUUGAGUUGAGUUUUGCCAGGUGGACACUCUGUUGUUGGUCAGCUCUGUCCUGGUGGCUGAAGGUUAUGGGGGAGUCAGCUACCAAACUGGCAGCCCAGUGAGCGUAUCAUGUCUUGUUAAAUAGGUUUGUUAUUGCUUUGUUAUUAGAGAACAGCCUUGCUCAGUGCUUAAUGAGAUGAGAGAUGUUUUUUUCAUUUUCUUUUCUUUUAUUGUGCUAGAUCUUAACAUGCCUCAGGAAACAGAAAUUUGCCCAGUGUCUUCAAGUUUUUUAAACAUUUAUUCCCCUUCCCUUUAUCUGAAUAAAAAACAUUAAUCUUUGUAUUAGCUUGAACAUAAUUUGAGUUAGUUUUAUAUAGCUUUCAGUGUACAGGUUUGACUAUUUGUAGCAACACUUACUGAAAGCACCACUAAAAUUUGAUACUUCCCUUACUAGUUUCUAUUUCAAUUUGCCUCCAGAGUCACCCACAAUUAACCCGCUCAUUUCAGUAGUGCGAACACUCAGAUUCGGAUUACAGCCGGAAACAGCAACCUUAUCUCACAUAGUAAAUUAUUUCAGGGUGUGCAAUCCGCACUCGUAAUAAGAAGGAGACGGCUGCAAAUCAGUUCUGUUGCAAAUAAAUAAAUAGACUCUAUUUAUUGAAGGGUGCAGAGCUAAUGUUUCAACAGCGAGAUGAGUUCUUCAGGGUUAUCACUGUGCAAACAACCCUUAAGUCAAAAAUUAUUUAUGAAUCUGCUGUCUCCUUUCCAAGCCCACUCUAACGCAUCCUACCUUUGCUGUUCUGUUUGAUUUACUGUCCAUGUACACUUCAAAUCAGAGACACUAUCCGUUAAUCCUGCAGCCCCCCUGACUGGAAUAUUUUAACAAAUUGCAGGAUAUCUUCUCUUCUUAUUUCCUUAACAUUCUCAUUUGUUUUCUGGGCAUGUUUCCUUUCCUUCCUUUUUGCCUGUCCUAGAGUGAAUGGCAAGGCCUUUGACAUUAAUGCCAAACCCUAGGCCUGCAUGUUUCUCUGCUCCUUUUUGACGGCCUCCUCUGUUUCCAAGGGACUGUCAGUCUUUUAGAGUGUACAGUAUGUUUCAGUGCCAAUUUCUGUGUGAGCGGUGUAAUCUUCACACUGUGGUUCCACAGACUUUUUUUUUGUUUUGUUUUUGUUUGUUUUGGAAGAAAAAGCACACUGUCGAAACAUUUCCUUUACAUGGUAGUUAAAUAGCAUUUGCUAAUUUUUACGAUGAAUUGUUAUGAUCGUUAUUAAUAUUGUUAUUAUCAGUAGUAUAAUUGAAUAUUUGUUGCACAGCACUGACAGCUACAUGACGUGUAGUGCUACUAAGCUUGUAUGAUACUUAGGAAAAAAAAACAUUUAUAAAUCAUGCAAUUAUUGAUACUAUCUGAGUAUUUUUUAAAAAUAAUGAUAAGGGUCGGUUUACAUAUUAUGAUCCCUUCGGUGGUUCAGGCUUUUUGCAUCUUAAUUUCUGUAAAAUUAAAAGUAAUUUCCUCUUGGUACUUGAAUAGCCAUCGCAUUAGGAAUCAAACUCUGACACUGGACUGUCACAAACACAAACUAUUGGACUCUUCUCAAACUGUUUUCAGGAUAAUAAUUGUCUUCAUUUCCUUUCUGAAAACCUGAGACUGACCUCAGGGCGCUCUCACUGACCUCAUCUUAAGGAUGGUGCCAAAUCUGAAACAAGAAAUAUAACGGCUAGAGAUGAAUAUUGCAUGGAUUUAUUUCUUUAUCUAUAACAGAGAGAACUAUUAUGAUAUGAAAUAUUGCCUCUUCAUUGACUUUCUGGGUGCUACUCUGCACAUGAUAAUCUCAUUGGAGUUCGGAUAUGUCGACAAUGUGCAGCUGUAUUCAUGAAUGGUAUAAUCGUUUUGGAGAAAAAAAUAGCAUUUAAUUAGCAGGCUUUGUAAAUCCUUUUGAUGGAUAAAAUGAAUUAAAGGAAAACGGCAACCCAAA